AUGACAUCCAAGGGUACACAAAGCAUCGCCUACGCCACACAGCAGAAUGUUGCCAGUUGUUUAGACUUCCCUUUUGAGAGCCCUGAUGGCCACGACCUCCUGUACCGGUUCACCCCACUCACCCGCCAUGUUGAAUUCAUGUCCAAGCCAUGGCGACCUCCGGCAGUGCGCUGUCAGCGGAGCAGUUUCCAGUGCCCGAUCUGCCUGGACGUUCUGUCCGAGCCGGUCAGCACGCCGUGCGGGCACAACUUCUGCGGCGGCUGCAUCAAGCGCUCGUGGGACGGCGCGGUGGUGUGCCAGUGCCCGCUCUGCAAGGAGACCUUCUUCCGGCGCCCGGCGCUGCGCGUCAACACCACGCUGAGGGAGGUGGCCGAGCUGGUGCGCACGCAGAGGGACCGCGGCCACGACCUCACGCCCGCACAGCCAGGGGAGGUGCCCUGCGACGUCUGCAGCGGAGAGGGCCGCCUGCGUGCGCUCAAGUCCUGCCUGGACUGCGGCGUGUCGUUUUGCGCACUGCACCUGGAGCUCCACCAGAGGGCGCCGGCGCUGCAGAAGCACGAGCUCAGCGAGCCGCUCGGAGACCUGGAGCAGCGGGUGUGUGCCAAGCACCGGCGGCCACUGCAGCUCUUCUGCAGGGACGACCACACGUGUGUGUGUGAGUUCUGCAUCGAGGGGGAACACAAGAACCACCACACGGUUCCCCUGGAGGAGGAAGGCAAAGAUAGGAAGAGCCAGCUGAACCAGACACAGGCGGAGCUGAAGACUAUGAUCCAGGAGAGACAGGAGAAGAUCGCAGAGAUCAAACAAUCCGUGGAGCUCAGCCGAGUCUCAGCGGAGGAGGAGGCGGCGUCCAUAUGUGAUCUGUUCUCAGUGCUGCAGCAGGCUCUGGAGCGUUCCCGUGGUAACCUGCAGGGGGCGUUAGAGGCGCGUCAGCGUGCGGUGGAGACUCAGGCACACACACUCACCAGCCAGCUGCAGCAGGAGAUACACACCCUGCAGGAGCGACACACACACCUGGAGGAGCUCACACACACACUCGACCAUCUCCACCUGCUGCAGGUACACACACACACACACACACACACACACACUCAGGAGCGGCACACACACCUGGAGGAGCUCACACACACACUCGACCAUCUCCACCUGCUGCAGGUGUAUGAGUCCAUGUGUGUGUUGCCCCCCUGCAGGGCGUGGGCUCUGGUGUGUGUGUGGUCGUAUCAGGACGUCAGUUCGCUGCGUCCGCUCGUGUCACGACUGGAGGGACUCAUCACCCGGGAGAUGGAUGACCUGCACGAGACACAGCUGAAGAGGGUGCAGCAGUUUACAGAGCUCAGCAAAGUCCAGCAGCAUGCAGUGGACGUGACGCUGGAUGCGGACUCGGCGAACGCAUUCCUGCAGCUGUCGGAGGACGGGAGGCAGGUGAGCUGUGGGCCGCGGCGGCAGAAGCUGGCGGACGUGGCGGUGCGUUUCGAGCGGGCGGCGUGUGUGCUGGGAGGUCAGGCCUUCGCCCAGCGCUUCUACUUCCAGGUCGCCGUCGCCGGCAAGAGCAGCUGGGAUGUGGGCGUGGCCAGUGAGGCGGUGACCCGGAAGGGAAAGGUCAAGGCCACGCCGGAGGCGGGCUACUGGACGGUGGCGCUGAGGCGCGGGGCGGGGCUUGUUGCCAAGGAGACCAAUCCAGUCCCCCUCGCCGCGGGGGCGGGGCUUCAGAUGGUGGGCGUGUUCGUGGACUACCCGAGGGGUGUGGUCAGCUUCUAUGAUGUCACCAGCAUGUCCCACCUCUACUCAUUCACUGGCCAGCGCUUCACGGGCAAGCUCCGCCCACUGCUCAGCCCGGGCCAACGGGAGAAGGGCAGAAACUCCGCCCCCUUAAUUAUCUCUGCUGAUCGGCCAGUCACAUGAGCCCAUGCCACCUCCUCUGCAGAUCGGCCAAUCACAUGAGCCCAUGCCACCUCCUCUGCAGAUGGGCCAAUCAGAGGCUCCAGUUUAGCACUGACAUUAAAGGGAUUCA